AGUCCCCCACUCAACCACCAGUUUUUUCUGUACUUCAGAAAAAGAAAAAGAAAAAGAAAUAUUAAACAAGCAUUUAAAAUUUAAAAAAAAAAAAUAAUAGAAUUGAUUUCUCAAUUUUGAGACAGAGAAGGAGAAACAGAGGGAGUCAUGGAGACUGCGAUUUGUGGGAGAAUAGCUCUCUCACCUAAUCAAGUCUUUAGCCCUAAAUCAGGAGACAGACAUUUUCUUUCUAGAGGACCAUGGAUCAACCGAGGGAUUCUCAUGGCUUUAUCAGCUACAGGAUCAGGUAAAGGAGGUGGAUUAUUGGAGAGGCCAGUUAUAGAGAAAACCACUCCUGGCCGUGAAUCUGAAUUUGAUUUGAGGAAAUCAAGGAAAACAUCUCCACCUUAUCGUGUGAUACUGCACAACGACAACUACAAUAAAAGGGAAUAUGUCGUCCAAGUGCUGAUGAAGGUUAUCCCUGGAAUGACUCUUGAUAAUGCAGUUAACAUAAUGCAAGAAGCACAUUACAAUGGCUUGUCAGUGGUGAUUAUUUGUUCUCAGGCGGAUGCUGAAGAGCAUUGCAUGCAACUGAGGGGUAAUGGGCUUUUGAGUUCAAUAGAACCUGCGAGUGGUGGGUGCUGAAGGUGGAUCUAAUAUGGAAGUCUCCUCAUUGUUCGUGGUAAAAAUUGUCGUCAUCAGAGUAUUAGAUAGUGUAUAUAAGGUAGCAGUGUCAGUAUUUCUAUGAAUCUUUGGUCAUCCAUGAGCAAAUGUAAACCAGGGGAUGUUCGUCAUUUUGAAUAAAAGAGACUUCAACUCACAUUAAGUAAAUUACAAUGUGAUACUUUAUUGUUGUC